GUCAAUUGGCAGAUGUCAUUUUUUCAUAAUAAAAUAGUGAAAGAUGUCAUUGUCUUAUGUCAUAUUUCUCAUAUUGAUGAUUAAUUGAUUAAUGAAAAAAUCAAAACAAUACCAUAAUUUGUACCAAAAAUGAAAAGAUUAUGUUAAAUAUCACAUUUAUAAUUUUCUUUGUUCAAUUGCAUAAAUUGCUUCGUUAUGAAUAUUUUAUUACAAUGAGGACAAUGAAGACCACCUAUUAUAAUGAAACAAUGAUGAAAGGAGCAUAGAAGUGAAUACUUGAUAAAAUUCGAUAAACCCAUCAAAAAUCAACAAAAAGGUAGAAAUGGGUGGUUAUGUGCCAUUUUCAAGACUCACAGCUAUUUUUUUCCGAAUGGUUUUGAGGGUUUGGGCCUACUCUGGUCUUGUUCUGGUUUUUUGUUUUUUACUGUAUUAUAUGUAUGGUGGAAUAUUUGCUGUAUCCUUAUUAUUUUUUGCUGUCACAGGUAUUUUAUACCAAGUUCAGGAUAAUCUGCUCUUCAACCCAGAAUUACCUACUCAUUCUAGAGUAUAUGUACCUAUACCUUCCAUGUUCAACCUUCCAUAUGAGAGUAUAAUGGCUAGAACAUCAGAUGGUAUCCAAAUUCACAUGUAUUUCAUAUCACAAACCAAAGAUAAGCAGAGAAGUGCUCCAACCAUUAUAUUUUUCCAUGGUAAUGCUGGCAAUAUGGGGCAUCGUCUGCAGAACUGUGUUGGCUUCUAUCAUAACUUGCAAUGCAAUAUAUUACUAGUUGAAUAUAGGGGAUAUGGUCUAUCAGAAGGCAGUCCUUCUGAAGAUGGGUUAUAUUUGGAUGCUAAAGCUAGUAUUGACUACUUAUAUACAAGGAAUGAUAUCUGUCAUUCUGAAAUAAUUGUGUUUGGGAGAUCUCUUGGUGGUGCAGUAGCAAUUGAUUUAGCUACAAGAGAAGAAUAUGCUGGUAAAAUUUGGUGCUUGAUGGUAGAAAAUACCUUCACAAGCAUUCCAGAUAUGGCUAAGGUAUUGUUGGGUUGGAGAAUCUUGCAGUAUUUUCCACUAUUUUUUUAUAAAAACAAGUUCUUGUCAUAUCAGAAGGUAUCUCAUCUAAGAAUACCAACACUAUUCAUAUCAGGCUUAGCUGAUACUCUUGUUCCACCACGUAUGAUGCAAGAGUUGCACAGUAGCUGUUCCAGUGUCAGGAAACAAAUUUUACAAAUUCCAACUGGUACUCACAAUGAAACAUGGCAACUGCAAGGGUACUACAGAUCUCUGGCUGUGUUUCUAGGGAGCUGUAGGAUAAAAAGUACUGUUAGUGAUUUUGAUAUUAAAAUAGACAAUGAAAAAACAAAAAAUAAUGGUCUCUGGAGUAAUGUACAAACUAUUUAGAUAUUUAUAUAAAUUAAUGAUGUUCAGUAGGUAAGUUCAGUGGAGGAUGGCCUUCAAAAUGAAUAUUUCAACAAAAACCACAAUGCAAUCAGAUUCCCAGAAUCAUUUUUUCAAACUAUUUGAUCUGCUUCCACCAUUUCAGUCAAAAUUCUCCAGUUAUCUAUUUUAUAAAUAGUUUGACUUUUGAAAUAUCUGAAAAUGUAGUCAUAUACUUGCAACACCUUAUAUCUCAGAAACUAAUAAUUCAUGCAAGAGAAAAACUGAUGCUCUAUUCUUCUGAGUUUUGAACCGAUCACCCUGUAUAAAUUGGAAUUGGUGAACAAAGCUAUUACAAUCUUGACUGAAUGCAUGACCUGUCUCUCAAAAUAAUUUUCUCGGAACAAAAAUACCUCAAAUACAUUCAAUAAAUUUAAUCAUACUGGUAAUCUUCCACUGAACUACUAAAGUACAAGAAACAAAUGCUGUGAACUACUCCAAACUGUAUAUAUAUCAUUGUUUUUAGAUU